AUGGGCUCACACUUUCCCCAGCUAUGGCGAUACAGUAACACCGCAACUGGCAAAAUCCAUAUCGCGAUCGAGAAAUUGCAUCGGCAGUACGGCCCGAUUGUUCGCAUCUCCCCCAACGAACUCUCCUUCGCAUCGGUGGAGUCCUGGAAAGCCAUUUACGGGCAUGCCGGCCCUGACAAAGCCAUCGCCAUUAAAAGCCCAUUCUAUGAUGUCUUCGGGGCGGGUUUCAGGAAGUCAUGCAUUGGCAGCGAGCGGAACCCAAAGAAGCAUAGCGAGAUGCGGCGCAUGCUCUCGUCAGCCUUCUCCCAGCGGAGCUUGCUGGAACAGGAGGAUAUUGUUGCGCGGAUCAUUGACAGAUUCAUUGAGAUCCUUGGAAAGAAGAGUGGGAAGGGAAGCCAAGGGUUCAAUAUGACAAAGUGGUACGAGAUGGUUGGGUUUGAUAUUCUUGGGGAGAUGGCCUUUGGGGAGUCGUUUCAUAGCCUCGAGGAAGGAAAACCCCACUUCUGGUCGGAACUCGUUGAAGAUCAUCUAUACCUCAUCACAUUGAUUGACAACUUGAGCCGAUUGCCACUUGUCGCCACGAUCGCAAAGAUCAUUUUCCCAUCAACUUUGGUUGUUCAGAACAAGAACUCAAAGUACAGCAGGAGGCAAAUGGAAAAGCGCCUAAGUUCGAAAACAGGGAAAAUGGACUUCCUCUCUUCCCUGGUCGAGAGAGUGCGCAACGGCGAAGUUGACAAGGAAGAGAUGACGGCCCAUGUGUCGACUUUAGCAAUUGCUGGUGGCGAAACAGUUUCGACCUUCCUGGCGAGCACGACCUUCUUUCUUCUCAAGAAUCAAGUCGUCCUAGACAAACUCACGGCCGAAAUUCGUGGGGAGUUUGGCACCUUUGACGAGAUAGAAGCACAAAAAGCGCAACAGCUUUCGUAUCUGCAAGCGGUAAUCAAUGAAGGGUUGCGCCUGGAUCGCAGGGGUUCCCACGCGUGUCACCAGGUUUUGAGUUGCAUGGUGAAUUUAUCCCGCCAGGCCGCGUGGGCGGUUACGCAUGAUCCGAAGUACUUCGAAGACCCAAUGCAAUUCAAACCCGAGCGAUGGAUAGAUCCCCACACUCGGGAUGUCAAGGAGGCUAGCCAGCCUUUCUCUCUGGGGCCAAGAGGCUGUUUGGGACGCAAGUAA